AUGAAUGCAUCGGCAGUGGAGCCUCUUUCUGGCAAGUCAGAUGGAAUAGCUACUCAAGAGAUUGUGGAUGAAAAAUCCCGAAGUGAGGGAGCAAGUAGUGCUACGAUUACAGAUGCUGAUCAGGAUAAAUCUGUUAUUGAUGUUGAUGUAAAUGAAAAUUUAUUAAAAGAUUUGAAGAAGAAGAGUGCUGAUGACCAGAAAAAUUUAAAGAAAACUGGUGGUGGCUCCUUCACUCCUACUUUAACAGAUGUUGAUCAUCAAAUCCUCUCAGUUUUGGAUGCUCAAAUACGUCCUGAUGUGAACCCUUAUGAUGAUGCAGCUGACUAUUUUGGGGACAAUGUUGAAGAAAAUUCGUUACCAGAGCAUAACCCACAGCCACAACCUAAUCCACAGCCACAAUCUAAUCCACAGCCACAACCUAAUUUACCCAAGACAAAUAGAAAAAGGAAACUGGUGCUUCAAAGAAAAAAUGACAAAGCUGUAUUAAUAAACAAACAUCCAGCUGAAGCUUUGAAAAAGAUUUAUUUUAAGAAAAAAAUAGAGUUAGCUUAUUACCAAAAAAAAAACGAAAUGCAAAGAUUUAGAUUCGAACAAAAGAAACAUGAACUGGAAAUGCAAAUAUUAAAAAAACAAUUGGAAAAAGCUAACAAGGAUUUAGCUUAA